AUGGAACUAGAUACUCAAUCACCAAACGCUCUGCCUCUCGGCGUUGCAUGGCGUCCUAUCAAGGUACAAGUGACGGCGACGCGAGAAUUCACCGUGCGCAUCCAUCCAAACGACCCUGUCAAGGACAUUGAGUAUCUGGUCUUGAGUCAAGUAGCGGAACAAGGCCUUCAGAUCACGGGAAUCACAGAGGUCGAAGUCAGUACUGAAGAAAAGAUCAUCACCGCUGGAAAUGAGAUACUAUCUACCACAGUCAAGGAGCGUGCAGUGCUACACAUGUUCAACCCCGACGUCUCGUACCCAGCCUGGAACAGACUGCGGGCAAACCAGCCAAAUAAGAUCCCGCUUUGGAAGGAUGACGAUGAACAGCAGUCGGCUCAGCCAAAGACGUUACAAAAAACUCAGGGCAAGGGAGGCAAGAAACAGACUCUCCUCACUCAGUAUGCCACUCCAAGACAGUUGUCUCAAGCCACACCGCAGACGUCGUCAGGCGCAGGCAAGCUUGAGAACUUCUCUAGUGUGGGUCCGAACCGUGGCUGGAACAGCACCGUACUCUUCAAGGACGGUAAUGGUCGAGAAGAUACAUACGUCAAGUUGUCGGCGAGGCAGAGGAAGAAACGGGCAAUGGCUAGGGGCAUGAACCUCACACAAGAUCAAAUGCUCAAUGCUGGGUUCGCGAGGCGCGCUGAACGUCAAGGUAUUGCCAAAGCGCUGGAGCAUCGAUCCAGAAGACGGGCGAAACGCGUGGAGAAGCGAUUGAGCGCAGCUGCGCAGAGACGCUGGCAGGGAAAGAGCCUGACCGAAGAAGCCAAGAUCGAUGCUCUCAAUGAAGCUCUGGAGAAGAUGUGA